CAGACAUUUGUGUAAAUACUUACUUUUUAUUUCAAUGUUAAACGCGUAAGUAACAUUCGCAGCUGAAGUGUGGUACUAAAGUGUUGUUUUAAUAAAGAAGUAAUUUUUCUUUAAAGCGGUAGAUUACACAAAACAUGAAGGUGAAAUUGCUUCUGCUGAUGCUACUUUUGAAUACAAUCCAAAGCAAAUCUCAAGACAAGCCAUGUAAGCCCCGCAACUACGGCUACGAUUCGGUUGCGUGUGUGUGCGACAAGCACUACUGCGACUCCGCCAACCCACAGCCGCCAGAGUGUGGGCGGUACCUACACGUUGUCACUAAUAAGGCUGGGCACAGAUUUCAGUACAGUUACGGGAACUAUUCGCAACAACACAGCAAAAAUAACGAAUUCAAUUGCUUAAAUAUUAUUAACAACAAAUCAGUCAUACUGACUGUGGACAGACAGAAGAAGGGGCAGACGAUCAUUGGGUUCGGGACUGCCUUCACCGACGCGGCGGGAAUCAACCUCAACUCAGUCUCGCAGAACCUUCGAGAUCAGAUCAUCAAUUCAUACUUCGGCAAGGAAGGCCUGCGCUACAACAUGGCCAGAACAACUAUAGGCCACUGCGACUUCUCCACCGAGCCGUAUUACCACGACGAAACGGAAUACGAUGUAGAACUGAAGAAUUGGACUUUGCAUAGUACCGAUGUAAACCAUAAGAUACCGUACAUAAAACAAGCUAUGAGUGCUAGCACGGAUGAGCUGUAUUUGAUAACAAGUAUUUGGACAGUUCCCAAAUGGAUGAGACAAGAAAAUUACGAUGGAAUCAAAAACCAGGUUCAACCAAAAUACUAUGGGACUAUGACGCUUUUCAUUAUCAAAUUUUUAGAAGCAUACAGAGAAAAGGGGAUUGAGUUUUGGGGAGUGAACUAUGUGAACGAACCAACAGUCAAUGUGGGAGUGGAAAUAUACGAGGGGUCGGAGGAAGUAUUCACUUCAUGGACAAUUAAAAGACUUGCCGAAUACGCAACUGAACAUUUCAUACCAGCUAUGCAGAAGAACUUCAGUAACGUGAAAAUAUUGCAUUUUGACGAUAACCGCAACAUUUUGAUUUCAAACUACUUUCGCUACAUGAAGACCAAAACAAAUCUGCCUAAAUAUUUAAAAUACGUCGCAUUACAUUCAUACAGCAACUCGUUUAUCGGAACGUCUGUGGUUGAAACUUUGAAGAGUUCCUUCCCUAACGUCACCAUCAUCAGCAGUGAAUUUUGUGCAGGUCAAGGGCUAGGAGUUCAGCUGGGAGCGUGGUCCACGGCAGAGUACUACGCUACCAACAUAAUUGAGGAACUAAACACGUAUUCCAGUGCGUGGAUAGACUGGAACCUGGCUCUGAACCUGGACUCGGGGCCACAUUUCUCCGGCACUCCGGUCGACGCUCCUAUCGCUGUGGACGCUGAGAAAGACGAGUUCUACAAACAGCCCUCGUACUACGUGAUGGGUCACUUUUCCAAGUUCAUGCCUCGUGGCUCGGUGUACGUCUCUCUGACGUCAUCGUUCCCCACAAACCUGCGAUACGGAGCGGUGUUGAGACCAGAUGGACUCGUCAGCACUGUUGUGUAUAACCCGACCAGCGCGCCAGUGUCAGUCACCAUUAAAGAUGAAGAAAAGGAAAUUGAUGUAAUAGUUACCGCCCACUCUAUUAAUUCUAUUUUAUUCUAGUUUUUAUUAAUAAAUCUUUGAAAAUGAAGCUUA